CCGGCCCGGCCCCGCUCGCCGCCUCAUUGGACUCUGUAUCGCCGGGGACGGGCGGGCGGUCGCCGCCUCCGGGCACGGCGGCGCGUCGGGGCGGGGGGGGGGCCGGGGGCCGCGGCGGCUGCGGGGCAGGGGCUGCGCGGAGCCCUCUCCUCCCGCCGCCAUCCCGCCUGAUCCCAUUCGCCUUUGUGCGCGCCCAAUCGCCGCGUGCUCCCCGCGCGGAGCGGGGAUGACAUUUUGAUUUCAUCAUUAGCAUCCGGCGCCAAGGUUGACGCAGCAGCGGCGGCGGCGGCGGCGGGAGGCGGCGGGCGGCAGCGACGACCCCGGCUCUCCGCCUGCCCGCAGCAGCCCCCCGGUGCCGCGGGCUGCGCGGGUCCCCCCGGCCCCCCGUCCUGCCGCCCCCCCAUGCGAGGGGCCCCCGGCCGGCCCCCCGCCGCGCUCCCACGCCGCCCCUCCGCUCCUGUCCCCCGCGCCGCCGGGAGCCGCCACCUGCGCGCCGGCUGCGGGGCCAGCGGCGGGCAGGAGCCGGGCGGGCACCGGAGGAUGCCGGAGACCGGGCAUGAGCCACCCAGCUCCCCGCCGCCUCCCCCCAAGGAGUCCUUCUACAUCAAGAACCUGCUCAACGGCGGCCCCCCCAAGGCGCCCCCCAAGCAGCCGCGGGCGCUGUUCGCCCCUUCGGGCAAGGCGGCGGUGGACGGCGCCGGCUUCGCCCUCUCGCAGGUGGGAGACCUCGCCUUCCCCCGCUUCGAGAUCCCGGCGCCGCGCUUCGCCCUGAGCGCGCACUGCCUGGAGCGCGCCCAGACCUGGUGGUACCCGUACGCCCUGACGCCGGCCGGAGCUCACCUGCCCCGCACCGAAGCCGCAGAGAAAUCCCUGCUGAGGGACUCGUCCCCCGCCUCGGGCACCGACCGGGACUCCCCGGAGCCGCUGCUGAAGGCGGAGGGGGAGCAGAAGGAGCUGGACUCCAAGAGCCCCGACGAGAUCGUCCUGGAGGAGAGCGACUCCGAGGAGGCGAAGAAGGAGGGAGGCGCGGAGGACUGGAAGAAGCGGGAGGAGAGCCCGGAGAAGAAGCCGUGCCGCAAGAAGAAGACGCGCACGGUGUUCAGCCGCAGCCAGGUCUUCCAGCUGGAGUCCACCUUCGACAUGAAGCGCUACCUGAGCAGCUCGGAACGGGCCGGCCUGGCCGCCUCCCUCCACCUGACAGAGACCCAGGUGAAGAUCUGGUUCCAGAACCGCCGCAACAAGUGGAAGCGGCAGCUGGCGGCCGAGCUGGAGGCGGCCAACCAGCACGCGGCCGCGCAGCGCAUCGUCCGCGUCCCCAUCCUGUACCACGAGAACUCGGGCGCGGAGGGGGCGCGGGGGGCGGGCGGAGCCCCCGGCACCCAGCCCCUGCUCACCUUCCCUCACCCCGUCUACUAUUCCCACCCCGUGGUCACCUCCGUGCCGCUCCUGCGGCCCGUCCUGAGCCCGCCCGCCGCUGCGCGGAGGGGCGCGGAGAGGCGCGCAAGGCACCCGCCGCUUGUAAGUACUCCAGCCCCUCGUGCGACCCACCCGGGCGGCGUCUGCGGAGCACGGGUUUUGGGUGGAGAGAGGUGCGGGGGGUGGGGGGUACCCCUCGGUGUGUGGCGUUAGGAGGAAAGUCGCAAAAAUCUAGGGAAAAAAAAAAAAAAAAAAAGAAAAAGUGGGGGGGGGAGGGAAAGGAAAACGAGGAAAAUGAAAGCGGGAACUUGUAGAGAACCCUGGA